CAAAAUGGCGCCGGCAGAGCCCUCCCUCCCGCCGGCGGAAGCGGGAGUGACGGUAGCGCCGGCGACGGCAAGAUGGCGGCGCCCAGCCUGCUGCGCGCGGGGUUGAGGAGGUUGUUCACCGGCAUCUUCGGGAGCGGUUGGGCGUCGGCGCCAGCCCGAUCCCUCCGGGAGGUCGUAGAGGUGACUGAAGGCAACACGACCACGAUUGAAGGGAGAAUUAUAGAGGAUGCUGAAACACCAACUCCUCCAAACCCCUCUGGCCAGUGUCCCAUCUGUCGCUGGAACCUGAAGCAUAAGUACGAUUAUGUGGAUGUCUUGCUGCUGAGUCAGUUUAUCCGUUCUGAUGGAGGGAUGCUGCCACGAAGGAUCACAGGCCUCUGUUUGGAGGAGCACAAGAAGAUUGCUGUCUGUGUGCAGAUGGCUCACCGUGCAGGUUUGUUGCCAAACCACAGGCCUCCACUUCCUGAAGGGCAUAUUCCCAAGAAACCCAAGUUCAACAGGUAUCUGACCCGCUGGUCUGUCAGAUCUGCAAAGCCCAUCUGGAAGAGGGGCCCUAAGUGGUGCAAAAAAUUAAUGCCAGUCGGACACCCUUUGCUGAAGGAUAAUGUCAAAUAUACAAGCAAGCCUCUCUGUUUAAACCACUAGUGGCCAGAACUGGCAGAGUCAAUAAGCACGGCUGUUUUCCACUGUUCUGCUUUUUUUCUGCAAGUUUGUCAGUAUCUUCAAUUUUCUUAUUCCAAAACUGUCAUUAGUACUCUAUAUUGUCUCCAGUGAAUGAGCUGUGGGGAGAAUACAAGAUUCAGCAAAGCAAAGUUCAAUGUGCAGAAUGAUUUGGAUAAAGCAGGGGACAAAGACUUCUACCUCUAAGCCAGAAAUGAUCUGAAGGCUUUUCUUUCAUUAUAGUCCACAACUGGAUUUGGAAAAGGAUGUUUCCUUCUUUUUCCAGCAAUGAAUGGUGAUUCCACAUUAAUGUGUGUUUCAACUCAGAUUUGCCUCAUUUGGGCUUUUGUACCUGUGACUGAUGGCAAAAAAGGUCUCCUGCAGCAGUAUGUUUCCUUGGCACUAACAAAAUUGUUAAUUAAAUUAAUUCUUUUCAUAAUCUGUACUAUCUGUAAUUUUCAGCAGAACACCUGUGGCAGUGGCAGACAGGCAUGUUGCAUCUUACCUGUCCCCUUAAGGAUUCUUGGCUUGUGCUUCACUCCUGGAUCUACCAAAUACAAAAUGUUGACAACCUUGA